AUGCAAGCCGUCCCAGAGUCGCGACAGCAGACCUUCGAUGAAAUAUACGGUCCACCGGAGAACUUCCUCGAAAUCGAGGUCCGAAACCCCCAAACGCAUGGCACAUCCCGGAACAUGUACACCUCGUACGAGAUCGUCUGCCGCACCAAUAUCCCCGCCUUCAAACUGAAGCACUCCGUCGUGCGCCGCCGCUACUCCGACUUCGAAUACUUUCGCGAUAUCCUCGAGCGUGAGAGUACGCGGGUCACUAUUCCGCCUCUGCCCGGGAAGGUGUUUACGAAUCGGUUCAGUGACGACGUCAUCGAGCAUCGCAGGGAAGGGUUGCAGCGGUUUUUGCAGAUUGUUGCCGGGCACCCGCUCCUGCAGACGGGGAGUAAGGUAUUGGCGAGCUUUAUACAGGAUCCGAACUGGGACCGGAAUGCUUGGUAA